AUGUUUAAUGCACGCUUGGUUUUACGGGUCAGACUUGGCAUGCAACUCGUCCAAGUGACAACUACACAUACUCACCCUUCACAGUAUGCAAAGCCAUAUCGUAUUUUUAAUGAAGGUGCAAAGAGGUUUAAAAGUAAAAAGCAAAAGGACAACGGAAACUUAAAUGAUACGAAUGUUGAUAAAACUUCCGAGCCUAAAAUUAUAGAAGAACCCAUUUUAAAAGAUCCUCCAAUAACAGAUGUUGCCACUUCAAAAAAUCCACCAAUAUCAACUACGACGAAGAAAAAGACUUCAGGGAGUUAUAGCAAAUAUAUUUUAAUGAUAGCUCUUUUAGGUGGCGUAUGUUAUGGUGGAGCUGUGUAUCAUUCAAUUCAUGAUGAAAAGUUUCGUGAAAAAUUUACAAAAGAUGUUCCUGGUGCAAACCAAGUUGUUGAAUAUGUGGAUGGUCUUUAUAAACAAGGGACAUUCCAUCAUCUCAAACAACAAGCUUCAGAGUUAAGUGCAAAAACAAUUGAUUUUGAACUUGAUAAAAAAAUAUCCCCUUUAUUGACCCAAGAAAUCCAUACAUUCACAUCCGAGGAACCCAUAAUUAAUGAACUAUAUCAAACAAUAAACCAACUUGCUAGUAUUGUCAAAGAAACGGACGCAAGCUCAGAUAUUAUUUUAAAGGCAAAAGAAGAAGUAAAAAGAUUGAAUGAUCGAAUUAAUUCUAGUAGAACUGAAAUAUAUUCUUUGAUUGAUGCUGCACUUAAAGAACAAGAAGAGACGUUUAAUACACUUUUAGAAACCAAAAAAAGAUCAUUGUCCGAAAAAUUGGAUAAUUCAGAGAAGGAGAAACAAAAUCUUAAGGAUGAAUUCGAAAAAAGCAAACAAUUAUUAUUGAAACAACACAAAGAUCUAACGGAUGAAUUAUCACGACAAGCUCAAAAACACGCCGAAGAGCUUCGAAAUACACUCAUCCGCGAAGGUGUUAGAAUGAAAAGACAAUGGAUUCGUGAAAUAAAAUCAAGGGUUGAACAAGAAAGAGAUGGCCGUUUAGCUAAUCUCGAGGAGCUUAAUCUACGUCUAAAACAACUACAAAAUCUCAGCGUACAAAAUGUCGAUGAUUUGGAUGAUCGUAUCAAAGACCUUCGAUUAUGGCGUGCAUUAUACGCAUUAAAGAACGCUGUUAAUCAGCCUCAUCGCAUACCAUUCGCCAACGAGGUAGCCACCUUAAAAAAAGAGGCAUCGACUGAUGAGUUGGUGACAGUUGUAUUAUCAACUAUUGAUGAUUCUGUAUCUUCCACAGGGAUUGAAUCGGUUUCCAAUUUAGUAGCGCGGUUUGCUAAAGUUCGAGAAGCAGUACGAAGCGCUUCGUUAGUACCGGAGAAUGGCGGAUUGCUCCCUCAUGCGCUUUCUCGCGUUCUAUACAGAUUUAUGUUUCGUAAACAUGGAAUGAUGGAGGGUGAUGAUGUUGAGGCUGUUUUGGCUCGCGUGGAACAUCAUUUGAAAGAACAUGAUUUGGAUAAGGCGACAAGAGAAUUGAAUCAGCUCAAAGGGUGGCCGAAAACCAUUACUUCAGAUUGGAUGCGAGCUGCGCGCGAUCAUUUAGAAGUAAAACAAGCAAUUCAGGUUUGUUUCCUAGGCGCCGUUUUUUAA